CCAAAACGGGGUUGGUGAAACGCCAUUUUCUCUCUCUAGAAACCGCAACUUUUCUUUCUCUAAACCGCUACUUUCGUAUCGUCAACUACUCCUUUUAAAGUCUACUCCCUCCUUACACCCUAUCCUUUUUCCCUCACCCAAAUGAAACGCAAUCAGACCUCGCUUCUUUAGUAUCAGAAAACGCGAAACAAACCAAAACCAUGCCGUCGGAAACGCAGGUAGAAACGCCGCCACCCGAGACGCCGCCGAACUUCUGGGGUUACAUGCCGGAGGAAGAGUACUACACAUCACAAGGAGUAACCAAUUCGAAACACUACUUUGAAACGCCUAACGGGAAACUCUUCACGCAGAGUUUUUUACCGUUGGAUCAGAAAGUCAAAGCCUCGGUAUACAUGACUCACGGCUAUGGAUCUGAUACAGGUUGGCUGUUUCAAAAGAUCUGUAUCAAUUUCGCGACCUGGGGUUAUGCUGUCUUCGCCGCUGAUCUUCUUGGGCAUGGCAGAUCGGACGGUCUUCGUUGUUAUAUGGGUGACUUGGAGAAAAUUGCUGCCACGUCCUUAUCAUUCUUCAAGCAUAUGCGCUACAGCGAACCCUACAAGGAUUUACCCGCCUUCUUAUUUGGUGAGUCAAUGGGUGGGCUCGCAACAAUGCUAAUGUACUUCCAAUCGGAGUCCAACACGUGGACGGGCCUUAUGUUCUCGGCUCCACUUUUUGUAAUCCCAGAACCAAUGAAACCCAGUAAAUUGCAUCUAUUCAUGUACGGGUUGCUCUUUGGAUUGGCGGACACGUGGGCAGCUAUGCCGGACAAUAAAAUGGUAGGGAAAGCGAUCAAGGAUCCAGAAAAGCUCAAGAUCAUAGCAUCAAACCCUAGAAGAUACACAGGCAAGCCGAGAGUGGGGACCAUGAGAGAAAUUGCCAGGAUGUGCCAAUACGUACAAGAUAAUUUCUCUAAAGUAACGGCACCGUUUUUGACUGUCCAUGGCACGGCAGAUGGGGUCACGUGCCCUACAUCGUCCCAAUUGUUGUAUGAGAAGGCUUCUAGUGAGGAUAAGAGCUUGAAAUUGUACGAGGGAAUGUAUCAUUCAUUAAUACAAGGAGAGCCAGAUGAGAAUGCUAAUCUUGUGUUGAAGGAUAUGAGAGAAUGGAUUGAUGAGAGAGUUGAGAGGUAUGGUCCCAUUAAAAAUGUCGAUUAAAUUAUAAUAACAAAAAUACAAUUGCGAUUUGCGAUUAAUAUGAGGAAAUUGGGUUUGGUCCAUGAGGACAAAAUGAUAAUUUUAUGCAAUGGAAUAAGAAUUAUUAACUUUUGUGUUUGAU